GGUGGGGUCGUAAGUAUGAGACUGCAGCGUCAACACCACACACAUCGGCUCACACGGGCCAAGAAAACACUAUGUGUGUUAUUUGUGUUGUCCCAGGUAUUUGUAAUGUACAUGUUUUGGAAGUGGUCCAAGGUCAAGUUGGUGCAGUAUUGUCAACCUCAAGCGCAGACCCGACUGGGCGUUGUCUCACAAGCCCAAUCAAGGGACAGAUGGAUAAUUACGUCAUUCUACACAGGAAGUGACGUCAUUGACAUCCCUGGAUGGACGGUAUUGUUCUUUGGUGUGACUGAUGCAAGUGUCUUCUGCAGAUUUUCUGACUGCGUCAUUUUGAAUUCAGUUGAAGAUGAAAAACUAACACAGGAUGAAAAUGACAAAUGGCUGCCAAAGAAAACACGUGCGUAUCUUCACGCGAUCUCCCACGGGGCAAAGGUCAUAUGUGUGGCCCGCCAUCUAGAUACAGGAACCAUACAGCUGAUACGGAGGAUGACAGACAACAUGCCUGAAUCCGGAAUGAUGCUGAUGUCAAAUAAAACGUUUAUUCGCCCGCAUGAAAUAUUCAACAACGUAAAAAUAGCAGCAACGAAAUACUAUAAUGAUUUCUUCAUAGAGAAACGUCUAAGUGCAUUAAUCCUGUCUUCGUUCAGUCCUUCACAAGGGGAGACAACUCAGGGAAAACAGUCGAGAGACCACGAUUUGUAUCCACCUGUGUUUCUACCGAUAAACACGUAUACUUCCCUAAGUACCCAUGUAAACGUCUUCCGGUAUGAUGCAUUCUGGGCACUCUUUCUGAGAGACACCGGAAAUGGAGACAUGAUUAUUCAACGUUUAUUGUGGGAAAUCACAGGCCAUAUUGGAAUAUAUCCAAGUAGCACUUCAGAACGGACAGGCACCACCAUCAACAAACCAGUGAAUGUUCCACCUGCACUCUUGUCUUGGAAGUGCAUUCCUGGUUUGAAGAUCUUAGAAUGUUUGGAAAAUGUUAUGACUACAAUGGCAGAAGAGCUACAAGUCACCGUGCAGGAUCUAUAUUUGAUCAACAAAUGGAUUUCAGAAUUGAAAUCAAUUAAAUAUAGGCCACCACAGAGAGACGGACGGGCAGCACAACCACUGAAGAAAGCAGCACUCGGCAUUGCUGGUACACAACUGGACAGGACAUCAGUGAACAGCCAAUCCCGUAAACAGUUGCAACAACUGUGCCCCACAUCUGUGAUAAGGUUUCCCAAACAGGUUAUCGAUGACAUAGCCUUGAUAAUUACAUUCAAUGUAGGUAAAUUCUAUUCCAACAUCAACAUACUUGAAGCCAUGUAUCGCCCGUACUUCGCCACUAUAAUUUACUGCGGACCAAACCUGACGAAGUUCAAGAAACAUAUCCGUGUUCUCACAACUCCAUACUUCAUUUUCAUAGAGGCAUUUAAAAGAGGUUGGUACUUUAUGUUUGAGUGCACUGUUGAGGCCAUGAAGCUUAAUAUUGGUGUCAAGGGAUUCCUACAGAUUGGGGACGACACACUGAUUAACCCUUGGAACAUUAACACACAACCCCGGGAUAAGAUCUGGCUGCACACAGGUUUCAACAUGGCAAAUGCUUCUCUUGAAGAACUUGUGCCGCGGUGGGGCUUUUGGAAAUACAAACCAAAUAUGUUGGCUGUCAUAGACGAAAUUAAGAACAUGUCCGAAUUUAAGCCCAAAUCAUCAUUUGAAUCACGAUUUCUCUUGAAUUAUCGCAAUAAUUCACAAAAUUUUACAUAUUUUUUUAUUCAAAGCGCAGAUUUUAUGUAUAUGCCAAUGGCUUUCAAGCAUAACUACACUAUUAUGGCUAAUUUAUUGUUGAAACAUACUGUGAUGGUAGAAAUUGGGUUUGUCAAUGUAGCUUUUGGGCUUCAAAUGUGGGAAAAUAUUCAUUUUGUGAAAAACGGUAGUUUAUAUGGUCUGCGUAGUAAGUAUAGAUCCUUUUACAGCGUCCAUGAUCUUUACCUUCACCCCUUCAAACUGCAGCGUCACCUGGCCAGGCAGUCGGGCAGGCACUUCUUUUGCGAAAUAUAUCUCAAUGACACGUUCAGAAUUUAGUCAAUAUGAUUAUAAAGAUUUUGCCCAUUUACUGAUGGAUUUGCUUAUUUCAUGUUAAACGUCGCACCUUUAGAGUUGAGAUGAUCGAUGAUUAUUAUAUCAGUCACCGGAUUGCUUGGUCCAGAUUCGAUAAAUUACUGUCCGACGUUAUUUACCUGGAAUAUU